CGGAUAGGUUGGUAGUUCUGAAUUUUCCAAGUCAGUCUAGCUCGAACACUGAAACCAGGCGGAAUUAUCGGCUUUCCAUAAAAUGUUUAUUGUGAUGUUCGAAAUGCUACACAUUCGAGAUUUUUCAUUAAAUUGGUGAAUGGGGACACGGUGUGAUGGAUGUCGGCGCCGUCGUGGUCUUGGGGAAUGGAUAAUGAACAACCCCACCAGGAGUUAGUCAAAUGUGUGGUGGUUGGCGAUACAGCCGUCGGUAAAACUCGACUAAUUUGCGCUCGUGCUUGCAACAAACAAGUUUCUUUGGCUCAAUUAUUAGCUACUCACGUACCCACAGUAUGGGCCAUCGAUCAAUAUCGGAUCUACAAGGACGUUUUGGAGAGAUCAUGGGAAGUAGUGGACAGCGUCAACGUCAGUUUGAGGUUGUGGGAUACUUUCGGAGAUCACGAAAAAGACAGAAGAUUUGCGUACGGGAGAUCAGACGUGGUACUAUUAUGCUUCAGCAUCAACAGUCCCAUAUCCCUGAGGAAUUGUCGAUUGAUGUGGUAUCCGGAAAUUCGUCGUUUUUGUCCCAGUACUCCCGUCAUUUUAGUAGGGUGCAAGAGCGACUUGCGGUACAUGUACCGCGACGAAGCGUAUCUGAGUUAUUUCAGAGACCGCAGUCCAUUCGUACGGGCGACACGAAAAAGCGAUCUGGUGAUGCCGGACGAAGCUCGAGACGUCGCCAGAGAGCUCGGUCUCUAUUAUUACGAAACUUCGGUACUUACUUAUUACGGAGUUAACGAAGUGUUCGAAAACGCUAUAAGAGCCGCUCUCAUCGCCAGAAGAGCGCAACGGUUUUGGAUGACAAAUUUGAAGAAAGUGCAAAGGCCGUUAUUACAGCUAAAUAUAUUUUUUCAGGCACCGUUUAAACCACCUCCUCCUUUAAAACCCGAAAUUCAUAUCGCUCCAGGAUCUUACGGGGAUCACUUGCAACACCUUUGGUUAAGUAGGAUUCACACCGAUGUCGUAUUAGUAGUAGGAUCCAUGGGAUUCCCGGCGCAUCGUUUUAUUCUGGCAGCGUGUAGUAGAGCUUUCUAUAGACUUUUGACGGCGGAUUUACUGGCUCGCAGCACUAGCGAUUCCAGCAUGGUUAGUUCCUUAGGUGAUUUCGCAGAUGAAACCGAAUGCCUCGUCAGGGCUGAACAGAAAACGUGCAAGAGAAGAGCUAGUUGUCAAGCUUUACCUACUGCCAGAGAAUUAGACCAUCCAGCAUUUCAAUGCAUCAGGAACGUUCAACCAGAAGGACAGACGGUUGUUACUUUAAGUAAACUAGUAACUCCUGAUGCGAUGCAUCAAUGUCUUCAGUUCGCUUAUACUGGCACGGUAGACAGGAGCGCUUUGAAUUUACGGGAAACAAGGGAAGCGGCCGAAUUUCUCGAACUGCCUCAACUGUUGGUUCUACUAACCAAACACCCGUUCGUAGCGCCCGAUCCUCCCGACGAAAGCUACGAGAAUUUUCUCAAAAGAAGAUUACAGGACAUCUGUUUGGAUCAAGGGAUUUUCGCCGACGUCAUAUUCGAAUUAGACGAUGGCGUAUGCACCGCUCACAAAGCCAUGUUGGCCGCCAGAUGCGACGUGAUGAAAGCAAUGUUCAGAGGAGAUUUUAGAGAGAGCCAAGCUAAAGUGAUCGAAUUUCCAGGAGUUAGAGAAUACACGUUCCACAAAUUACUUUGUUUUCUAUACACGGACGAAGUACCAGAAGUAUCAGCCGUUCGAUGCGUCAAUUUACUAGAACUAGCGAACAGAUUAUGCCUACCAAGGAUGGUAAAUUUGGUAGAAAAGAGAGUUAUAGAGGAUUUGGAAACGUUACAACCGUCUGAGGCGAUCGAGCAAUGUUUAAGACUGUUAGAACCGGUUAAGUUGCAUAAUGGACAUCAGCUAGCAGAUUGGUGCAUGAACCACUUAUGCAUUAAUUACAACAAGUUAUGCAGGAUGUCCCCUCGAAGUUUACGUCUAUUACACCCCGAUAACCAGGCUUAUUUGAUAGAACAUCGUUGGCCGCCGGUUUGGUAUCUUAAAGACUAUGAUUACUACCAGAAAUGUUUGGCGGAACGCGAUAAAGAACUGAAACCUGCCAGUAAUACGAGUUCGAGUUGUUUGUGUUUUUCUCGUAAAUCGGAGUCGGACCCGGCGUUAUCCUCGAGCCAACUCUGACCUUGACUGUCGCUAGAACUAUUCAAAACUCGUAUGUUACUACAAGAAAGUUGGAUUAAAUUGAGCAAUAUUUUUUCGGAGCAUUAUGCAGACAUUUUUAAACUAAUCGUUUCAAGUUUUAUACCUACGAAAACCGAGAAAAAAAUAACUUUUUUGUAGUAAUAUAAUCAAUCUUAUCUAAUAUGUCUAAUAAGAUAAGGAUGUGCAGGUAUGCCGUAGAAUAUUUGCUCCAAUAUAAAUAUCGAGUGGUAUGAUAAAAACGUAUUUUUUUCAAAAAUUCCAACAUUUUUUAAAAUCAACUCUCAAUUUUAUGAAAAUUAUUAUAAAGUAGAAACGGUGGGGGUCUUCCAUCACGUGACGUACUACAAGACAUACGUAAUAGUUUCUUUGUAUUGACAUUAGUAAUCGUAAAAAGAGACAACGAUAUAAUCGACGUACGUGAAUAACGGACCGUACUAAAAAUUAAAUUUGACGUUACUGCAUUUUGAGGUUAUGUGAGUUUUGGUUACUGUGUUGUUUUUAGCGAAUUUUUUAUAUUUAGCUAAAAUAACAUGAAACGGGAAAAUUACAAUGUUUAUUUCAUUACUUAUUAGCGGUAAAUAGUAUUAAUCAUUUUAAUUUCUUUAGGAUGGUAAUAUAUUUAAUGAAAUUUUCUAUUUAAGAUCUACAGCUUAUCCCAAAAAUAAGUUCUAAUUUGAAUCAGUUUCAUUUUGAUUUAGUUGGUAAACUAAAUAUUACGUCAAUUUUAUGAACUACGUAAAUAUAUAAAAUCCAAGUAAUACUGCAAAAAAUCAGAUUUCCAAUAUUACCAGGAGGGCUAAUAUUAAUUUUGGAUUUUUUAAUUUAUCCGCCCAGUAUAUCGAUAUUUUUUUUAAAAGUGUUUUGUUAUAUAUGUCAUGUUAACCGAAUUAUUGAAAAAGAUAAAUUUCUUUUUUAAUUAUGAAUUAAUAAAAAGUCUACCUUCGGAAUAUUAGAUUAUUUCGACUGAUUCUACAGAAAUUUUGAUUUGAUUCAUAGUUGCUGACAUAUUAGUCACAUGAUGGAAGACCUCGCCCAUUUCUACUUUAUAAACUAUUUCUUUUUCUAUAUUUAUUUAUAUAAAUUAAAAAUAUACAUACUUCAGUUAUACUGUAUAAUGAGUAUUACUGUUGCUGCGUUUCCAAAUGAUCAAUUAUUUUUUAGAUAAACGUGGCAACGUUGGUUUUUUACCUAAAAAUUCUAGAAAUUGUUGCUUCUUAUUCUGAUUAUUUCUUAUAAAUCUCUAUUUUGACACUAUUUUUUAUCAUUACAUAAUCAAAUAGGAUUGUAUUAAAAUAAACAUACUGUAAUUCAGUUCUUAAUUUCGUAUUGGGAAUAUAUUUUAAAAUAAUUGAAGUAUAGUUGUCAAUUAUAGGUUAAAAUAAUCAUAUAUUUGCUUUCCUCGUGAAUAAAAAGCAGUCAUCCCUUAUAAUUGAUCAAUAAUUUAAUUAAACAACAUAUUUUAAACAUACCACUCAAGAAUGCACAUUACAAUUAUAAGUAUUUUCUUUCUUAUAAAAAACUAGACUGACCUGUCUUCAACUAUCUUCUUUAUAUUAUAUUAUAUUCUUUAUAUUAUAUUAAUCAUAAAUUGACUUCAAGAACAACUAGGUGUUC